AGGGCAUUACUACUCAACGAAUCUCUGAACUCAGAAUAUUCUUAAAGAGACUUUAUUUUAUAAUUAAUUGAAUAAAUUAUCCACAACAUAUCUGGCUGUCACGAACAGGAUAGGAAAAAGGACGAAAAUUCCCAGGACAGCAGGGGUUGGGGGACCAAGAAUCGGCAGAACAUCAAAACAACUUGGCCAAAAUAAGCAACAUGAUCAACAAAGCCAGCUUUCUUCUUCUCUCUGCUCUCCUUAUCUGCUGUGGAGCAGAAUACACAGGUACAGAGGGCUUAGAGCAGAAGGCUGAAGUGCACUGUCUUCACACUUGCCCUCAGUUCUGGAUUCGUAAUGGUACCCGCUGUUUCAAGUUUGUCCCCAAAGCAAGAUCUUGGGCCGAAUCUGAGCGUCACUGUUUGGCGAUAGGAGGGAACCUGGCCUCGGUGCACAGCACAGAUGAGUACCGUUUCAUCCAGGAACUGAUCCGCGAACACACUGGCGGCACUCCUCGUACUUGGAUCGGAGGAUAUGAUGCUGUUAAGGAGGGUGUGUGGUUUUGGAGUGAUGGGUCCAGGUUUGACUACACUAACUGGUCUACUGGUCAGCCUGAUAACCAUGGUGGAAAGGAGCAUUGUGUGGAAAUGAAUUUUGCAGAUCCACUGCUCACGAAUGAUGGCAGCUGCCAUACUAUAUCUCCAUCAGUGUGUGCUGUCCAGAGUGUGUGAAACUGGAGAAGCUAACAAGAAAUCCUUCAAUUUUAAGCUCAAAAGCAAAAUCCCACUGCCCUAAACACAGAAUGGGAUGGUGGUAGUACCGGCUUCAAAUAAUCAUCAAGUAAAUAAAUUGCUUU